CAUCGAACUGUCAACACAGCUAAAACACGCGUGCGGCAUUUGCAGCACAUUUUGCGAGAAGAAGCACAGUAGUAAUGCGCGUAGCUAAAGUUUUUUAGUGAAAUUACCCAACACAGCACGUAUUUACAAUGGUUAAAUCAACGGCAUUAUCGCCGCCCGCGGCGGACAAAAUCCUGGCACUCAAACCGCAGGUGACCAAAUUCCGCAAGUACACAAAGUACCCGGGAAAUUACUUGAAGCUGCAGAAACCUCUAGCUAAAAAGUUGAAAUUGUUGGUGAAACAAAUAUAUGACCAUGGAACGAAAAAUCCUAUUGUGGGGCACGAACAACCGCUCCCGUACCUCGACGAGCUGGUCACGGAGGAGAUGGAUAAUGAGCAAAUCUGGCAGCAGCUCGAGCUCAAGAAUGACCAUUUCAUCGAGCAGGACCUGAAACAGUUUCUAGACGUCGUGUCAAAGAACGAAAAACGUUUGCAACUUGCGUACAGCACAAAACCCGCAUCUCAGGUGGAUGGUUCCGACGAUGGUUCCAUGUCUGCCGAUGAGGCGCACGAUGAAUCGGACGAAGAAAACGGGAUUAAUGGAGACGGAAUGGAUUCAGAGGAUGAGGAGAACGAGGCAAACGGAAAUGGGAUGGAUUCGGAUGAAGCGGAAGAAGCACCGAGAAAGGCGAAGAAACAGAAGAAAAAGGAGAAGAAACAAUCUAAGGCAAAGAAAUCGGUUGUAGACGAUCGGUUCUUCAGGCUGGAUGAUAUGGCGAAGUUUUUGGAUGAGGAAGAUGAACGUGAAAGACGAAAGCAGUACGGACUGGCCGAGAGAAACCCGCUGAUCGAGAUUGAUUAUUUUGAUGAGCAUACUGGAGAGGACGGUGAGGAUGGCGCUGACUUGAAAUAUGCCGAUUUCUUCGAUGACGAAGACGACGAGGAAGAUGAUAGCGAAGACGACGAGGAGGACGAAGACGCAGAAGACGAGGAGGAGGACGAGGAUAUGGAAAAUGAAGCUAACAGUGAUGACGCUGAAGUGGAGGAUGAAGAAGAGGAUGAAAACGACAAGGAACCGAAACAGGAUGAUGGUGAACUAUCCGAUGAGGCGGAAAUGGAACGCAACCGGAAGCUACGGUUCGAAAUCUACAAAGGAGAAGGAGGCUUUCCCUCAUCGCUAGAAAGUCCUGCCAAGAGGACGGCCAUUGAUCAGCCGGAUUCGAGCGAUAGCGAAAGUGAGGAUGAGAAAAAGCAAGGCAAAGACGAUGGACCAAAAUCCUCGUACGAACUUCGGCAGGAGAAGCUCAAAGAGAAGAUAACGCAAAUGGAAUCGAAGCUGCUGAAAGAUAAACCGUGGCAGCUGAAGGGUGAAAUUUCGGCCGAAACAAGACCGAAGAACUCGUUGCUUGAGGAGGUGCUAGAGUAUGAGCACACAACUCGCCCUGCGCCGGUAAUAACGGAGGAAACGACGAUGCGGCUGGAGGAUAUCAUUAAGCAGCGCAUAAGAAACAAAGCGUUUGAUGAUGUGGAAAGGAAGGUGCGUCCACCUGAGAAUCCUCGCGAGUACCGUAAACAGUUGGUGCUGGAUGGCGAGAAGAGUAAGGAGUCCUUGGCCAAGGUGUACGAGCAGGACUAUUUGAAGCAGCUCGAGAAAGCUAAUCCCGACGCGGAUGUUCAAGCAAACGAAGAAGAAGAGGAACCGAAAGAGCAUAAAGAAAUUCGUCAGAUGAUGAAAGUGGUCCUUGCCCAACUGGAUGCACUCUCCAACUUCCACUACACGCCACGCCCGGCCGCACCGGAGUUGAAGAUUCUUACCAACACGCCUGCCAUCAGCAUGGAAGAGGUGGCACCGGUAGCCACGAGCGAUGCCAAUCUGCUCGCACCCGAGGAAGUUCACCGUCGGCCAAAGGGAGACGUCAUGUCCAAGGAGGAACGCACCAAGACAGAUCAGAACCGCGAACGGCGGUUGAAGAAGCGCUUCCAACAAGCAAAGUUCCGUCGCGAAGCGGAACGCGAGCAGAAACAGCUCGAAAAGGCUGGAAACAACAACUCCAAACAGAACCGAGCACUGCAGACAUCGCUGCUGAAGAAGGUGACGAAAGCGAAAAAUGUACAGCAAAUGGUGGAAACAUCGUCCGGACCGGCCAAGUCUUCCAGUGCGUUCUUCUCGCAGCUGCAGGAUGAGGUUCGUUCACAGGUAAAGGCGAAGGCGGACGGUACGGUGAAAAAGAAGAAGAAAAAUACGGACAACUUGAUAGCCAGCAGUUUGAAGCUGUGAGAAAUGUGUAAAACAGAUGUAAGUGUUAAUAAAGGGGAAAUCUUGUUUCUUCAGCAAAUAAUUA